ACGCAAUCUGGGUUUUUAAUGACGUGUGACUUGACUCAUGCGUGGGGGCGGAGUGAUGGCACAAAUAACUAAAUAUCGAGUCCAGCGGGGACCGCGGAUUCCCGUUAUCGCAGUGUUUCAGCCUCCUAGUUCAGCAAUUGUCCAAACCUGGAGGAAGGCGAGCGGCUUUUAGAGAUGAGGAGAACAACGCAAGCCGUUUGAAGGUUUGGGUGACUGCACAUCGAGCGGGGUUUGUCAGGAAGAUUAAUCCUUGAUCUGGAGGAGGAGAGAAGGACGACUGGUCGAGCCGAGCAUCAUCGUAACAGCCUCUUCCAAUACAACGCGGAAAUAACGAGGAAUAUCUUUUAAGACUUUAUAAAAAUUGUAUUUUAUAACCUUAAAGCUCAUCGUUUACUCUUUAUAAAUAACUAUUUGCGGUUGAAAUAGUCAUUACGCAUCUCUUAAAUGCUCCCGCAUCCCCGCGAGGCGAAUACACGGCGCAGGCGUUGACCUGAAAUUUAUAUUAUAGUAAACAGAGUCUCGCUCUGUAUGAUUUAGUAUUGCCUUAAAUAUGUCCGUUGCUCAUCAUCCAUGGUAAAGACUUUAUCUCAGCUUGGUCUUGAUAACAAUCACAUCGUAUUAAUAUCGCAAAUUGUGGUCGAGAAUCCAUUUUAAAGGGCCUCGUUCUUGUGGACUCUUUGGAACAUUUCGACGCGUCUCUUUAUUCGGGAAUAAGGGCGUUUGAAUCCGCGAGGGACGGAAGAUGUCGGGUCAGACUUUGACGGACCGCAUCGCCGCGGCGCAGUACAGCCUCACGGGAUCCGAGGUGGCUCGUGCGGUGUGUAAAGCGACCACGCAUGAAGUGAUGGCACCUAAAAAAAAACAUCUCGAAUACUUGAUCCAGGCAACCCAGGAGUCCAAUGUCAAUAUUCCCCAGAUGGCUGAUACCCUGUUUGAGAGAGCGGGAAAUGCCAGCUGGAUUGUGGUCUUCAAGGCAUUGGUCACCACUCACCACCUGAUGGUCCAUGGCAAUGAGAGGUUCAUCCAGUACCUGGCCUCCAGGAACACCCUAUUCAAUCUUAGUAAUUUUUUGGACAAAACUGGCUCUCAUGGUUACGACAUGUCAACAUUUAUCAGACGCUACAGCAGGUAUCUGAACGAGAAAGCGUUUGCCUACAGACAGAUGGCUUUUGACUUUGGCCGAGUGAAGAAAGGUGCUGAUGGUGUGAUGAGAACAAUGUCUACUGACAAGCUCUUGAAAGGCAUGCCCACACUGCAGAGUCAGAUCGAUGCUCUGCUGGAGUUUGAUGUUCAUCCAAAAGAUCUUGCCAACGGGGUGAUCAAUGCUGCCUUCCUGUUGCUUUUCAAGGAUCUGAUCAAGUUGUACGCCUGCUACAAUGAUGGCAUCAUUAAUCUCUUAGAGAAAUUUUUCCAGAUGAAGAAAGGACAAUGCAAAGAUGCAUUGGAAAUCUAUAAAAGAUUCUUGACACGAAUGACCAGAGUCUCAGAGUUCCUCAAAAUUGCUGAGCAAGUGGGAAUUGACAAAAACGAUAUUCCUGAACUUACACAGGCCCCUGAGAGUCUUCUGGAAUCUCUGGAGACCCAUCUCAACACGCUCGAGGGGAAGAAAGUUGAUGAGUCACCGACCAAGAAGGGAUCUCCAACAAAUAAUGGAACACCUGCUGGUACCCCUGCAAAAACCGCAGAGCCCACCGCUGCAGCAGCUGCGGUUACUGAGACCGCCGCAGCAGAGCCUGCAAAAGCAGCAUCAGCUACAACCACCAUCAAUAGCGGCUUUAAUGAUCUAGUGGAUUUUGAUCUGUUGGCUCCAACCACAGGGGCUUCAGCGGCUCCCACAGCAUCAUGGGGAGAUCUGCUUGGUGAGGACUCUCUGGCCACUCCUGCUGCUGCUGCCGCUAGCUCUGAAGCGCCCCUUUCUGAGGCUGACUCUGCUUCUGCCGCAGCCUCUGCUAUCGAACCAGCAGCUGACGCCAUCGCUGCCCCGGCCGCUGCCUCGCUGCCAGUGCCUGCCCCCGCUGCCGCCAUCUCAGACAUGGAUCUGUUUGGAGACGCGUUUGCUCCCUCCCCAGGCGAUGGUCCGAGCGAGGGUGUGGCCCCAGCAGCUGCUGCCGAUGCAUGUGCCGGAUCUGACCCCUGGGCUCCAUCGGAGGGUAGUGCAAGCAUUGCCCCAGAGCUGGACCUCUUUGCCAUGAAGCCGGUAGAGAGUGUCGCUGCCGCAGCAUCCCCUACUAGCGCCGAGCCGAGCAUCUCGCCAACAGCGACCCCAGCUACCCCUUCUCCUCCCACCGCUACUGCCACCACCACCACCACUACCAUCACCACAUCCGCUACAACUGAGUCCACAGCCCCGCCAACACUAGACCUCUUUAGUGAUAUGUUUGAUUCUAUGCCUGAGCAAAGCUCUUCCUCAGAGCCCAAAGCAACCACUCCUAGUGUAGACCUAUUUGGUGCAGAUCUUCCCGCUGUCUCACGUGGGCCUUCACCUUUGCCUGAGGCCAGUGUGACUGGUGACCUCUUGUCUGACUCAUUUGUUGCUCCAGCUGUUGCUCCAGUGGCUCCUGUCUCUCCUCCUAAAGCCGAACCUGGACCUGUGCUGGACCUCCUUGACACAUUUGGUGACACUACUGGGGAGACCCAGUCCGCUGCUCCUGGAGCACCAUCAGGUGACCUGCUUGGAGGGUUGAUUUCACCGGUCGCCCCCACAGUUACACCAACCCCAGCACCAGUGCCAUCCUCAGCCCCAGCUGACCUGCUGGAGUCUGCUUUUGAUGCCUUUGGCUCUGAGCUGGUAUCCGCCACACCAGCGUCGGAAGACAGCGCCCCUGCCACCGCAGCGCCCUCUGGUGGUUUUGACACAUCAGUGUUUGAUGGAUUAGGAGACCUUCUGAUGCCAGCCAUAACGCCUCAGAGCACAGGCGGGACCCCCAUGGCUGCAGCGAGCACGCCUUUGACACCUGGAAUUGUGCCCACCACUGGGCCGACAAUGGCUCCAGUCAUGGCACCAGCAAUGGCCCCAACAAUGGCACCCACAGCAGCUGCCCAACCAAUCAAACCUAUUGGAGGAGACUUAGACUUUUCACUCGCCAAUUUGGUCGGAAACUUGGGGGUGGGAAGCCAAAAGAAGGACAACCAGUGGAAUGAGAAGAAGCUGACAGGGGGAGCUAACUGGACCCCUCAGGUCGCCCCUACUAGCUGGGGCACACCUGGCGCUCAGAUGUCUGGCUCUGCCCCUGGAGCCCCCGGAGCUGCCGCCCCACCUGGAGCAAUGGCACCACCCAUGGGAGCACAGCCUGGCUUUGGCAUGGCUCCAGCAGCAGGAGCUCCCAUGAUGCCCCAGCCCGUGAUAAAUACUACACCUUUACUUUCUCAGUUGUCUCCAGGGCCAACUGCUCAGAGCCCCAAAAAACCUCCCACCAAGGACCCCCUUGCAGAUCUCAACAUCAAGGACUUCUUAUAAUUUCCCAGUAUUUGUUUUCUCAAAGACUGAGCUCCAGUACGAGAAGUCUGCUGUCUGUUUACACCCCCAGACACCUGAGGAGCUGCAGCUAGAUAUCCACUGACCCCGCCCCCAAACCAAACCCCGCCUACACUGCCCCACCCAGCCUUCCUGUGUCGUGUUGUAGCACAAACCGUGAAGUGAAUCAUAGAGAAAACAAGCCGAAAAAUGAAGAUGUGCAUAUUUCGAUGUUAUCCUUUGUUUUGAAUGAAACAGAAUAAAAUUAAGAAAAACACACAAAUGAAAAUGAAGGAUUAAAAAAGAUGCGUAUGUAUGUCUUUUCCAGUGUUUACGUCUGAAAUGAAUGUGUGUAUGUUGAUCCCCUCAACUUCUGGUUCCUCUAGGACUUCCCUUUUGGGGUCAGAGAUCCUAAACAGGUUGUUGAAGCACUUUCUGUUGUAUGUUAAUUUUGGAGAAGUGUGCAAUGUAUCAUUCGCAGAAAUUACUCUGUGUAUUUUAUCCUCAUUGACCAAAAAAGGUCUCUCCUCUGCUCAAAUUUUUAUCUGUGGACGACUUAUUGAUGUGAACCUGGUACUCGGAUUAUAAGUCAUGCUGUUGUCAUCUCCCAUCAUUGAUUGACAUGUUUGUUUACAAAUAAUAUAUAUAUGAAAUCUAAAUAUAUAUGAAUUAUGUAUAAAUGAAUAACAUAUCCAGGCUCCUCUAUCCUAGAUAACCCUCUUGGUGAUUACAUGUAAUUUUUGUAUUUUAACUGGUAUUUAUUUUUCAGAUAUAUAUGUAUUUUUUGAUUCUUUGGUUUGAAUUUAAUUUAAUUGUCAGUUCACGGUUUAAAUACUCUCUUUGGACUUCCCCAAGAAAAUAACCUCAGCAAAUUUGGACUUUAAUUCACUUAAUCUCAGCGCUACAAUUCUCAGACGAUCUCUAAGAAAGGCCUUUUGCAGUAUCUUAAAAUAACAAAUGUACAGCCACUUGUUAAACUGGUGAUGUUUCCCAAAAAAGCCCCCAAGAUUUCACAGUUGUAGUCAGUGGAAUGCUGUGUUUGAGUCUCAUAGUUACUUGUGCUUGUAUGAAAUCCAAAUUGAAGCUGGUACAUGUAGUGUUUUUUUGUAUAAUUGUAGAAGUACCCAUCCAUAUGUUUGGUUCUCAGUCUUUCCUGCUCAUACAUUAUGAACCCUGACCCUUGUUUGUUACAUGUAACGGUUGAUUCAUGCUCCCUCUAUUGGUGAGUGGUGGUACUGUAGCUUGCACAGCAAAAUAGAGUGUGGAGGAGAUAAAUUGGAUGAAAAUACCUGAUUUCAUAGAAACUAAAGUGUAGGUUCAUUAGCAGAGAUAAACUCUUAGAUCUGUUAGAAGUUUUCAGGAGGUCACUGUUAAACAGUGUUACAGAAAGGUCUGAUUGACAGCCCUGUAUGGCCGAGCCUCUGUAACUCACUCUCCCUGUUGGAUCUCUCGUGGAAAUGACAAAGGCAGAUAUUUGGAUCUCUCUUGUAAUUCUCUUAAAAUAUUUUUUAUUUUGAUUUAUUGAUUCAUAUUUGACACCCCUACAUAGUGCAUGUAAGCCCUUUGAGAUGCAAUAAACACUGAUGGGAAGAAAUGCC